AAAUCUCUUAAAAUCUUUUUCUUUGUUUAUACAAUAAAUUGUUAUUUUUACUGGUGAAACAAAGCAAAUAACUUACCUGUACUACCACUAUUUAUAUACACUAAAGAAUUGAUUAAAUUAUGUUAUUAUCGACUGUUUAAAAUCAUUGAAAGUUAAAUGUCUACAUAUUUCUAAUAAAAAUGAAAUCAGCAUUAUUAGAAGCACAGAUUGUAGAAAAAACUAACGCAAAUCACUAUAAUCAUACAUUACAAGGAUAUGAUGACUUCUGUUCUAAGGUUCCUCAAUUAACAUCAAGUGGAUAUUUAGAAGCAAUGAUUCAAUAUGUUAAGUAUUGUGUUGAUGGUAAUCAUAAUGAAGAAAUGUUACAAAUUUUAACUAUAGAAUUAACAGAGUUAAAUCUUCAUAAUUUAUUAAAAUUGAAUGAAUUGAUUAUACUGAUUUGCAUAUAUACAACAAUGAUUCUUUUUGGAUCAUGUGGUUCAUUACUUGUUGUAUAUACAGUUAUCAGAAAGCCUAAGAUGCGUACACCACGUAAUUUAUUUAUUGUAAAUUUAGCAAUAAGUGAUUUAAUUUUAUGUUUAUUUACACAACCAUUUAAUUUACUACGUAUAUUGUAUUGGCACUAUGAUUGGAAAUUAGGUCAGAUUAUGUGUAAAUCUGUUGCCAUGGGACAAGCAGCAAAUAUAUUUGUCUCUACAAUCAGUAUUAUUGCUAUUGCACUAGAUCGUCUACAAGUCAUAGUUUAUCCAACAAAGAAUACUGUGAAAAAUACUGGUGCAAGUGUUAUAAUAGUCGGUAGUUGGCUAUUUGCAUUAAUAAUGGCUAGUCCAAUGUUUAUUUUCACAUCUGUUAGUGUGGAUACUAUCCGACCAAAUGGACAUAUAUGCAGUGCUAGUACAAUACAAAGCGAAUGGCUUCGUCAAAGUAAAUACAUUUAUGGUAUUAUUACAAUUGUUUUCCAGUAUUGUCUACCAUUAACAAUGGUCAGUUAUGCAUAUAUACGUAUUUGUUUGAGAAUACGCCAACGACAGUUCAAUGUAAUACGUAAACCUAUUCCAACAGUUAUAACUUCUGAAUUAAUAUCAGGCAACCAAUUGGAUUUUGUUGAAAUUGAGCCAGAUUGUAAUUGCACAGAUGAUAAAUUGAAACAAGACAGUCGAUUAACAUUAACUUUACCAAUUAAUAACAUACCAGAUUCUUCUACAGGUAGCUGUAAAAAUCGUGGUUUUCAUCCUGUACGUUGUUAUAAACUAGCUGUAUCACCUACAUCAACAUCAUCGUGUGAAAACAAUUUUAAACAAAAGAUAGAAAAUUCCAGAUUUAAGCUAAUUCAAAGACGCCAAACUCGAACAAAUACAUUACUUGCAUCAAUUACACUUUUAUUUGUAUUAGCUUGGUUACCUUUACAUAUUUUUAAUGCUGUUAUGGAUCAACGUGAAUCAAGAAUACUUAAAGAACCAUUCGAUCUUACAACAUUGCCACAGCCAGAUAUAUUAGAUAAAAAUAUUACAGAGAAUUCUAUUUUCGAUGAGACAUAUAAACUUUUAAAUCCAAAAAUGAAUGCAUUCACAUUAUUACCAGAGCAUAAUCAUACAGAAACAAUUAUAAAAGAAUAUGGUAUUGGUAGGAAAAUUACACUUAUACAUUCUUUUUGUUUAUUAUGUGUUCUUGUAUCAGCUUGUGCAAAUCCUGUUCUCUAUGGUUGGUUAAAUGAAAACUUCCAUAGAGAAUUUAUAUUAAUGUUUCCAGUGUUAUUUCGUUCAAAAAAACAAGUUUCAUCAGUUACAGUAGGUGUUGAUCAUAAUUACGUUAGUGCUAUACAAUGAACAAUGGUAAUUAUUAUAAGUAUCAUUUACAUAAAUAUUUUCAAGUAUAUAUUCAUUAUUUAAUUAUAUUUAUAAAAUUAAUGAAUAUGUAUUAUAUUGUCAUAAAUGAGCUGUGAAUGAAGUACAAUGUAUUUGAUUAAUUCAUGUUUCUUUCUUUCAUACUAAUAAAUUUAACCUAUUAGGCAUUCACUGUUGAUUGACAAGAAGUGUACAUAGUUCUUUUUUUCUUUUGUCUUUUUUUUUAAUAUGAUGUACAAUAUUUUGACGGUAAUCGUUGAAAACCUCUACAGAAAUGUGAUCAUUAUCGGCAAAUUUUUUCAACAAAAAAAUAGAAUUUCCUGUGACUUAUAAAGAUUUGAAUUUCGUUAACAAGAGAAGUAAAUACCAUCAUUGUAUAUUAUAAUAGAAAUAUGUGUUAUGAUAAUGUAAUAAUAUUCAUAUUUAUGGUUCCUUAUUUGUUUUGUUUUUUACUUUCUUCAGCCAAAAAAAGGUAAUUUGGGUUAGAUUAAUUGAUUGAGACAGUUAUGUUUUCGAUUUUGAGUCGUUAUCCAGUCUAUAGUAAUAUAAGUUUGAUACGAUGGUGAAUUAAAUAUAAAUCAUUACUGCUAUCAGCGUAAAUGAUCACAAUAACAGUUCUUUGGGUUUGAGGAAUAGAAUGUCGACGAAGUUUAGAAAAACGCUUGAGAAAAAAUAUUUCGUAUUUGAACAUCAGCAAAUUUGAUAACUAGGUCUCAUACUCCAUAUAAUAAUGAUUUUUUUAUAAUAUAACAUAUAGGAAAUAUAGAUCUUUUAACAA